AGGCUCAUUGAUACUCAUUGCGGUGAGGAAGUGAAAAAGGGGAGAAUAGCAUCUGUCUCACACACACACACACACACACUCUGUGGUCUGGGAGCAGGGAUGGUAGCGGAGGAGAUCGUGGUCUCCCUCUCAGGUGGAGCCCCAUGGGGGUUCAGGCUGCAGGGAGGAGCAGAGCAGCAAAAACCUCUACAGGUGGCAAAGGUACGCAGGCGCAGCAAAGCAUGCCGAGCUGGACUCAAGGAACAUGAUGAGCUGGUUGCCAUCGGCGACCAGAAGUGUGCAGAACUCAGCCACGCUCAGGCCAUGAGCCUCAUAGACACAGAGAGCGCCUCGCUGGACCUGAGAGUUAAAAGGGCCCCCCCUGGAUACCACUCCUCAUUUUACACCAGUCGCUCUGCGUCUCCUCGAUCCUCCGCCAGGGUCCUAGCUGCCCCCGUGGCCUCCCUACUGUCCCCCACCGAGGGACCCAGGGGUGUCACCUCCCCCCCUGACAGCGAGGCCUAUUAUGGGGAAACAGACAGUGAUGCAGACAUACAGUCACAGACGCACCAGCGACGCCAACGACGCACCCCUCCUCACGCACGCUCUCCUGCGCGCUACGACAACCAAGAGGAGGAGACUUCAGAGAUGAGCGGAUAUGAGAGUGCUGCAGAUGCAGGAGUCACCGUGCAGGGGCAGUGGGAUGGUCCCUCUCUUCCUGGGGUGCCUCGUAGAGAGCUCGUAUACCUGCCCCCCCAGACAGAGUGGACCACUCCCACACACACUCCACACACCCUAACCCCUCACACACUAACACCAACCCUUGAUCAGGGGAUGGUGGAUGGAGAGGGGGAAGGAGACAGUGGCUUCCAGGAGACAGGGGGCAGCACUGCACCGGCCUGUGCACCUUUGGUGUCUCCAGAACGGGCAAAAGAGGCUUUGAGGUUGAGCUCCCGGAGUCAGCUGGUGCCCAUGGUCGGACCCCAGCUGGGCCCCGUGAGUGACGAACUCUCCACCACCUACAUGGACAAAGCUCGACAAGCCAAGCUGCCGCGUCGGGAGAGUGUGGUGGAGAAGCAGGUGAAGGAAGCCCGCACUAAAUGCCGCUCUAUCGCAUCCUUGCUGACUGAUGCUCCCAACCCCAACUCGAAAGGGGUUCUUAUGUUCAAGAAACGCCGGCAGAGAGCCAAGAAGUAUACUCUGACGUGCUUUGGGAAAGCAGAGGGAGACAGAGGAGCGGAGACAGAAGGAGAGACGGAGGAAGAGGGAGGAAGUUCUAUCCUAAGUGGCUCAGAGGUUGAUGAAGAGGGAUUCUCGUCAUCGUUUGACGAGACGUGGGAUUCAGGUUAUCUUGACCUGCUGGACAAAAGAAGCUCCGCCUGCCCGUCGACCACACCGACGACUCCAACCACACCAACAGCCAAUCACGGCGCAGAACUAGACAUCUCAACUUAUCAAUCUCCCCAACGCAUGACUUUUGACAGUCAAAACCUGGAACUGCAAGACUCGAUCAAUCACGACUCAAGCCUGGAGAGCAACAUCACCAAGCAGCUAGUCAGCAACCGCCCUGCACACAUGUCUCCUCCAGCGUUGGCUCUGAACAAUGGGGGGUCGGUGGCUGUCAGCCGGGCCAGUGUCGUUCUGACUCCGCUCUCUCAGCCAUCCCUUCGAAGUCAAAAUGGGCACAACGGCGACCCCAGUUCUAGACCUAACCCUGACUUUAAUGCGAGCCCGAAUGCAGACUUGCACAGCAGCGCCGGUUUCGGUCCUAAUCCCAGUGUCCUGAACCGAACUGCACGCCCCUUCACCCCUGGCUCAAGCGCCUCUCGUGCAUCUGUGACCUCCGUGAUGUUUCGCCCUCCCCAGCCCAAACCUACAGGCAUAACCAUGGCAACCAAGCCUGUGGCAGCAGUAUCCAUGGUGAAUAUCCUGCCGACUCAACAUCCACCGGGGCAAGAUGCGAGGAGAGCGGUGUCUAGCACCUCUCUUUAUAUCCCCCCAAGAAAUAACAGCAGUAACACCCCCUCCUCAGUUAACUCCCCCCCUUCAGCUCUCUCCCCUCCCUCCUCCCUGUCUUCUAUAUCUCUCUCUCAUCCUCCCGUUGCCAAACCACAACAUUUCUCUCCUAUGCCCACAGUGUCUGUUACUCCCCCAACCCCCCUUUCACCAUCUGCACCUAAAGGUUCUCCUAUGUGUCCCCCAAGUGCUCAGACCUUCUCCCCUCCAGCUCCUCCACCAUACCUCUCUCCUCCUGCUCCAACCUACCCACCCCCCUCCACCGUCAAUUCAGCUGCACAAAUCUCCUCACCAAGACCUCCUCCUGAUUUGACUCAGGUCUCCUUCCCCGCUCCUCCUCCUACAAAACCACUCCCACCUCCACCUGCUCACCCUUACGUCAACACGGCAGCUGUAGGGACUCCUGAAAUGACCCCCCUGGCUCCCGCCAGUCACUCAAUGGCGACACGAGAGCAACGGAUCUCCGUCCCAGCCGCUCGCACCGGCAUCCUGAAAGAUGCCCGUAAUCGUAGCAGCAAAAAACCAAUGUUCAGUGCACUCAAGAGCAAAGAUGUUAACCCAAACCCUGACUUGCUGUCGAUGGUCCAGAACAUGGACGACCGUUUUGUAAGAGCCCCGGGUAAUGAACCUGGAGCUGCCCCCAGUGGGGAGGCGGGGCAUGAAUCAGGGCCCGAAGAGGACUGGCUGAGGCUGGGGGCCGAGGCCUGUAACUUCUUGCAGGCUCAACGGGGGCCCAAGCCCCCACUCGUGGCUCCCAAACCACAAGCCCCUCAGGUGCCACAGCUUGCGGGAAAGGGGGGUCAGCUGUUUGCCCGCCGACAGAACAGGAUGGAUCGGUACGUCGUGGAGCGAAGUCCCUCUGUCACUGCGGCACCUUACUCUCCUGCAGAUACAAGGGAGCCCUCACCCACACCUUCCCUCCCUGCGGCCUGGAAAUACUCUUCCAGCAUCCGAGCCCCGCCCCCAAUUAACUACAACCCCCUCCUGUCUCCUUCUUGCCCCCUUAAGGCCCAGAAGAAACCCGAGGUGACAAAGUCUGGGACUGCUGGAUCCAAAGGGCGAAAAGCAGGCAUGAAGGCUGUGGACAUCAUGAGCCACCAGCCGUACCAGCUCAACUCCUCCCUGUUCAGCUACGGGGGCGGGGUUCCCCAGGAGACCUUCAGCCCCCAGCAGAGAGGAGUCGCAGGGGCUCCUCAGAAGACGGCCCGUGUCUAUGAGGUGAAGCGCUUUUCCACACCCCCUCCGAUGGCCACGGGACCCUCCCUCAAGGUUAUCGCGCCUCGAUCGGCGACGACGCUCGGAGAGCCAAUGACACGCUCCGAUGUCUCGUUUGCUCCGCCUACUCCCGAUGCCACGCCCUACCAGCUCUACCAGCCACCGCCUCAGCCGUACCAGCCUCAGUGGGCCUCCUCCUCCCUGUGUUCCCCACCUCCUCCCGCUCCCACUGCUCCGCUCCCCCAGCUCCCCACCUUCUCCUCCGCUCCAGCUCCAAGCCCACUGCAGAUUCCCACUUUUACUCAUCCACAGUCCUCACUCACUUCCCAGGCCAACAGGCAGUUCAAGAGCGCGCCGGACCUGAGUCCUCUGAGCCCCGCUGCUGCCCCCCAGCAAGCACCUCCCGGCUCUCUACCCAACAGAGUCCCCAGGCCCAGGUUCAGCACGUCCACCCUGGGCCUCCAGCCUUGUGUGUGGCGUCCCGGGUCCACGAUGCACUGAGCAGAUCCAGAUCCUCGUCCGGAUCGACCGGGCUCCGCAGCAACAUGCAGCAGCAUUUUGCUUCAGACUUACCCAUCUGUUCUUAGCUUUUGAAUAUUAUUCCAGGCUUCAGCAAGCGGCUUUAUUUGGACACACGUUUUAUCAGAACGUCUGCUUGGAUCGAUCUGACAUGCAGCCAAGUUUAAUUUCUUAAGUCAGUAUAUUCAGUCAUCCCGACACACUUGGCUGAACGGUAAUUGAAGGGAACCUUGUGCUCGAAGAUGGAAAAUUCAGUGUGGAAACCCGAGACAUGGUUUAGAAAUUGAAACCACGUGCAGAGAGAAAAAAAAACGGGAAGAGUUUCUUGGGAAAACUAAUAAAGUUUUGUAAAUAUUGUCCAGAAUGGUGAAGUUUCAACAUAAAAAGGGGAACAGAGGAUGUGUUAUGACAAGACUGCUGUGAGAGAGGUGUUGCAGAGAAUGGGGAAAGACAAACAAGAAGAUGAAAUGAAGAAACACCGUAGAAAUAUCUCUGAAGUGACAAAAAAAGUGUAGACAUGAUCAGUUGCUUCACACUGUAAAAAAAAAAAACUGGUUGCUUUCUGACAAUAUCUUGUUUUGUUAGCAGUAUUAUUGUGUCACAGAUAUAAGGAUUUGAAGAUUGAUGAGUGUGUUUUCUUUCGUAGGGUAAUCCUUUAACGGUAGAUUUGAUUCCUCUUCUGUUGAUAUAAAAACAAGAAAUGUAUAAUCUGUCUGUUUAGCUCUGAUUCUUUUCCAAAGAGACAUGCAGCUGAAUAAAAAUAGACAUGACUCACA